GUCGAAUGCCCUCAGGCUCAAGCGAGUCAGACUUCGAAGACAUCGCCUCCGCUAUCUCUUCAGUCAUCUCCGUCGAUAUAGACAUGUCUAAGUUUCCUACUCGUGAUGGCUUCACCACUCCCGGCUCUGGCGAAGAUGAUGCUGGAAUCUCUGCGCCCGAGUACCCGCCGCAUGAGCGAUUUUGGUUUGAUGAUGGUAGUGUAACAUUCGUGGUCGAAGGAACCGCAUACUUCCUUCAUCGCUUCCUGUUCAAGCUUCACUCCACGACCUUCGCUCAGAAAUUUCUCGCCGGACACACGGACCCCAAGGAUCCCAUCAUCUUAAAGGAUGUCGAGAAGGACCAGUUUGAUGCCUUCUUGAACGUCCUGUAUCGCACUUCGUUCACCUCCGAUCCAGCCCAAAGCGCCGCGGCCUGGGCAUCUGUCCUUCAUCUCGCCACCGAGUGGGACUUUCCAUCUAUUCGAAACCUCGCCAUCAAGAACUUCACCCCGUCCGCUUCCGAUGUCGACAAGAUUGUCCUUGGUCAUCGCUACCGCUUCGAAGAGUGGCUCCUUCCUGGCUACACGGGUCUGUGCGAACGGAAGGAGCCACUCACCCCCGAGGAGGGCGACAGACUCGAAAAACAGGACAUCAUUGCGAUCGCCCGUGUUAGAGAGGAACUUCGAUCGAACGCUUCCGCCGCUGAACCUAUUGAAAUGACUCAAAGCAUUCGCUGCCAAUCGUGCAAUACCACACACAACUACUCUUUCAAUAACACGCAAACCUCCCUUCCCUGUCAGACCAACUAUUACGGAAAUUGCCAGAGUAUACCCCUACCCGUUAUCAAACCUCGUUCUUCGUCUUCGCCUUCGCUGCCGGACACGGCCGCGAUAACUAAGAAGGUCAGGUCCCUCAUCCCUCGUUCGACUCUCCAGUACGUCACCCCGCGAUUCCACCAUGGCCACGCCGACGGUCCAGAAGCUGAUACUGACGUUGAAGAAGGGCAUGUUGAAGAAGGAAUCGUGAAAGUAUCGCCGAUCGAGGAUAUCGACGCUGGGAAACUUGAAGAUGUAAAGGACGAUGAGCCGAAGACGGGGAAUUGCAAGAGUAAGGGCAAGAAGAAGAAGGUACAUAGGCCCUAUUAUUAACUGGAAGGAAGGAAGGAAGGAAGGAAGGAGGAAAGAAAGAUUCAUGGAGAGUCGGGAUGACCCAAAACAAACCGCAGAUAUGUUGUUCUUUUUGGUACUC